CAUUGAUGCGUUUUCAGAGUGAAACCUCCGUUUUCAAAUUCCCCAGGCGUCGGGUGGACGGUGCCUAAUUCUGCAAUUUAUUGGCAUCUGCUCUCCCACCAUGCAUUGUGCUACUAGAUCUGCAGUCUACCAACAUAUCUGAAAUAUUAUGUCUGAAAUAUACUACAUAUAUUUAAUAUACUAAAAGGAGACAUCAAAAUAAUGCAAUGCAAACAUAAGGUAAGCCACUGUUAUUUAAAUUAUUUUCUACGCGUAGCAUUUAGAGCAAUCUUCGAAGCAUUCUCGUACAUUGAUUGUCUUGUAAACGGCUAAAAUCGUAACGCAAUCGCCAGCAGCAUAAUGUCACGUUUCAAUCGAGCUCAGCGUCUGGACCGCCUGUGUUUAUGUUUGGUGGCAACCUACCUUAGUCCCGUCCCGACUGAAGAACUUUCAGCGGCCGGGCUAAGCAUUAAAAGAGACGAGGAACCAGAACAAAAGUAAUUUUUUCCAGGUGACUCAAACCGCAGCGCGGAUGCACUGGGCAUGACUUCCUUUUGUGGCGCGCGCCAGAUCGAGGCGACAACUUUGGCGCGUUUUUCAGGCGAUGUGAUAUUCCGCAGCGAGCUUCGUGUUGUUUCCUCGAAUGUUUUGAUCUUUUUUCACGAUCUUCGCCUGGGAAAUCUUACUUUAGGCGCUAUUUUCAUGCCCACAUGGUGGUCUGUUGCUUGUAGACGAAGAGUUAUAGAGAUGGAAAAUCUUAACGACUUAGGGGAGUACCUUAACACGGAAAUCGUUUGUACCCUGGCCGGUCUUGGUUACUCAGAGGGAAGCGAUUACUACAAAAGUCCGGACUGUCUCGAGAGCCUCAAGGAUUUGGUAAGAUUCUUACGCCGUGAUGACACCACUUGUGAGAUAAGACGUCAGCUUGGUUAUUCAGAAGUCUUACAAAAUGAUCUUGUGGCAAUUCUUAAAAGCUGUUCUUCUAAAGAGAGGGAAAUAUUUGACAUGGUUAUAAGGUUAAUGGUCAAUUUGACUCAGCCAGCAGUGCUUUGUUUUGGAAAUAAUAUUCCAGAUGACAAAACAGGCCAGCACUAUUACUUGGACAUUGUAACUCAACUGCAGUCAUAUAAAGAGGCAUUCACAGAAAAAGAAGUGAUGUCAGUGAUUGGGCGAGAGCUUGGAAGACUGCUUCAGAUGGAAUGGGAUGACCGCCUAGAAGAUGACUCACUGUUGAUUGAGAGAAUUCUGUUGUUGAUAAGAAACAUUCUUCACGUACCAGCAAACAAGCAAGCAGAAAAGAGAACAGAUGAUGAUGCUAGUAUUCACGACCAGGUUAUAUGGAAUCUCCACAGCAAUGGAAUAGAUGAUCUUCUGCUCUUCAUAGCAAGUUCUCCAGAUGAGAGACGAUGGAGUAUGCACAUUUUGGAAAUUGUUUCAUUGAUGUUGAGAGAGCAGAAUCCAGAAAGUUUGGCAAAAGCUGGUGAAGGAAGAUCAAGAACUGAAAAGAAAGAUGAUGAAAGACAACUUGAAAUCAUUCGCCAGCAAGAGCUUGCAGAGAAACUUAAUAAUGCAAGAAAGUUUUCUGGCAGACAUUCCAGAUUUGGAGGAACAUUCUAUGUCCAGAACAUGAAAUCCAUAAAUGACCAGAAUCAGCUAAUAUAUCACAGACCUCUUGCUGAGGUGAAAAAUAUGACUUUUGACCACAAUAAAACAGCACCAAAGAAGAGGAAAAAACAACUGCCUGCAAAGGAAAUGGGAGAAGAGAGGAGAUCCACAUUGAGCAUAAGGCUCUUUCUAAAGAACUUUUGUACAGAGUUUUUACAAAAUUGCUACAAUCCACUUAUGAACAUAGUUAAGGAUAAUAUUAAACAUGGGAGAUCCCAAGAGAAUGAUGAAACAUACUUCUUAUGGGCCAUGAGGUUUUUCAUGGAAUUCAGUAGGCACCAUGACUUCCGAGUGGAUUAUAUCAGUGAGACACUGAGUGUGGUGACUUUUACUGACCUGCUAAACAUUAUCAUCAAAUUUUAUGAUGGCUUAGAAUCAAACAAAAGUGAAGCAUUCAUUUGGGGGCGGAGGCUUCACCUUGCAAUCCAAGCUUACAAAGAGUUGCUUAUGAAUGUCAUAUCCAUGGAUAACUCUGAGGAUGAUAAUCUGAGUGAAAAUGCCAAGAUCAUUAAAGGCAACAUUUUCUACACACCUGAAUAUAGGGAUACAUUUCUAUCCCUUCUCCGGAAGUUUAACAUGUCCAAACAGACCAAGGGCUACCUUAGAGACUUAAUUGAAGCUUUUCAUAUUUUCCUGAAAAUGCUGGAAAAGUACUGUGCUGGAAAAUCGCACUUGGUUGUACAGAAAAAGAAGAAAGUUUCAAAGAAGAAAAAAAGAAAUCAGCACUUAGCAGCCCCUGUAAACCUGACUGCAGAGGAAAUUGAGCAGAAGUGGCAGGAGUUAGCUUCUGACCUCUCAGCCAUUCUUCAGGGACAUGCCGGGGAGAUUCCUGAGUCAGCCAUACCUUUUGAUGCUGCAUCUGAAGUCCCAGUUGACGAACAAAAGACAAAUGCUCUAUCCCAGGUUCAAGGGUUGCUGAGAAAUCAGUUGUGUGGGGAAGCUGUGGCAUUGCUCAGAGCUGCAAGAGAUGUUUGGGCAGACGAUGACCACUUUGGAUCAGUUGGAAUUAGUGCUGAAGAUGAAUUCAUAUGCUUGUGUGAUAUUUUCAAAAUGGACCUUCCUUCUGUGGGCAUUCCAAAUGAAAAUGAAGAAGAUGAAAGAGAAGAAGAGACAAAUCCAGAAGAGGAAGAGAUGGCCGCUGUACAGACAAGUGAAGUGGAGUUUAGCAUCCAGGAUUUUCUGAACAAACUAGCCACUCCUUCCAUUCUGCGGCCAUAUUGCUGGCUACUGAAACACUACAAAGAGAACAAGGAAACAACAAACCAUGCAAUCGUUAAGAUGCUUCACCGAGUAGCUGUGGACCUGAAGACUCCAGCCAUGCUGUUCCAGUUGUCCCUGUUUUGCACAUUCCAAAAAAUUCUGUCUGAUCCAGCAGCAAAUCAAUAUAAGGAAAUGGUCAAGUUUUCUCGCUAUAUUGUUGCCAAGUUCUUUGAACUGUUGCCAAAAAAUCCAGUGCUUCUGGCUGAACUUGUAGUUUGGAAGACUUCCGGAGAUUGUUAUGAAAUAGUCGAAGGUUAUGGAUCCCUUGCACUGAGAUCUGCAAGUCAAAGCGCAUCAGUUUGGACAUUCGAAGAGGAAGAGGAGUUAAGAGAACUGUAUGAGCAGUACAAAGGCUCAGAAGAUCUGGUGGAUACAAUUAUGGAUAAGAUGUCUAACGAUACCAAGAGCAGACGGCAAAUCAUGAACAAGCUGGUGUUAAUGAAGCUGGUUACAAACAGAAAGGAGCUGCAUAAAAAGCCAGCAAAGAAAGGAGUAUGGCCUGAAGAAGAGGUUGAACAACUGAGAGCUUUGUAUGAGGAAUACAAGAAUUCAGAAGAGGAAGAUGUUGUGGAGAGAAUCAUGGAGCAUAUGCUCAAUGCGUCAAGGACAAGACGUCAGGUUGUAAACCAGCUUGUAAACAUGGGGCUUGUUGAAGACCGGAAGACGCUUCGGAAGAAAAAGAAGAAGGGCAAUAGAAAGAGGAAGAAGGAUGAUAGAUUUGUAGUGGAUGACGAGGAUGAGGACAAUGAAAGUGAAGAUGGAAAUAGUAUCAACGAGGAAGGCUUUGACCAUCCGCCAAGUUCCUCAUCUGAAGAGUCAGAAUCUGAUGAGGCAGAAGAAGAAGCUGAUGACAGUGGAGGAACUCUGAAUAGCAUCAUCAGCAAGCUCAGUAGUGCAGGAUUAAGUCAACAACUGAAGUGGAUUCAGUCGAAGCUUCUUAGGACUGCAGAUGAUAGAGAAAGUACAGAUAAGGAAAAAUGGCAGCCACUCCCACUGGUGACCAUUACCGAAGAGAAUGAAGAGGCACUGGGUAACAAGCUGUUCCGACAAGCGUUAAAGAAAGUUGGUCUGAAGCCUCCAGCAAAUGAGCAGGAAACCUUUUGGCGAAUCCCAGUCAUUCUAACCCCAGAAAAGCUGAGAAGAGCAGCAAAGGACCUUGAUGGAAGGGAAGAAGACGGAGAAGGUCACGAUGCAAUUCCAGUAACACCGUCAGUUACCAGUAAAAGCAAGUCACGUAAAGAGACUUUAGCUGCACUUGCUGCCGCACAGAAAAACAAGAAAUCAGCGUCAAGUCGAAAACGGAAGGAGAGGAAUCGCUCUACUCAGGCAACGAGGACAGGAGGAAAAGAAUGGAGAAAGACGGUGAAUGAAAUUGGACCAGACGAUAACACAGCCAAUGACAACGAAAGUGACGAGGAAUCAGGCGACAAGGGAGAUGCGGAGCACAAACAAUCGGGAUUGCUCUCGCCCUCUGGGGAACAAAAUAGUAGCAGCGGAGGAAAAUCUUCUAAGAGAGGUAAACGUCGAGUAAGAGCACUGGAUGAUAGCGAUGAAGAUGGCACUGGAUUAGACAACGUUCUUCAAAACGGAGACAAGUCUGGUGAGAGUGAAGAUGACGAGGGAGCGGACAAAGAAAAUACUCAAGCUACGAAGAAGGCUACAACAUCAGAUAGUGAUGAUGGUGAUGAUUUAGAAUACAGCAGAAAUAUAUCAGACAGUGAAGAUGUUAAUAACAAUGCUGACAAGAGUCAAAGCGAGGCUGGGAAGAAACGGCCGAGAGAUGAUAACGAUGAUGAGAGUAGUGAUGAUGACGAGGAAUUCAACUUGCCACUAAAUUUUCACAAGAAAGCCAGGCGUGUUCUAGUUGACGAUGAUGACGAUUAAAGAAACGACCAACUGAAGAGCAAGACUUUAAAUUACAGCGUCGAAAGUGUGAUACGAUUCUUGAUGUUUCCAUUAAACAGCUCUUAUAACAGAUGGCUCUGGUCACUCACCUUCUAUUUUGUUAAAGGAAACCAGCAGUGUUGUAACAUUGAUUUCUGAUCGUCUUUUGAAUCGGUCACAAAAUCCACACAUAAAAUUAACAUUACAUAGAUCCCAGUCAUUCCUCUGUAAAUUCACGUCAAAUAUCACUUUUUAGCAAUUCGCCGCCAUCAUGGAAGAUCGUAAUGAACGCUGGGAUUUUUGACGUUUUACGCGGCUCCCCGCGGGUCGCGGAAGUUUAAGGCCGAAAAAUGUGAACGUAAACAUAUCAGUCACGCACAAUUUCGGGUGCGAUAUGCCGCAUUCUUGCGCAAUUUGCUGUAGUUUUACAUCCAAAAAGGAUACGAACACCGAGUACAUCUCUUCAUAGUUUUCCAAAGGAGCCAAAAGAGAAAAAAGGUGGAUAAAUGGAGUGAAGAUUAUCGUGCCAGAGUUAAAUCAAUGCGGCGUAGCUCGUUUGAGGCCGGAAGAUCCUCCAUUCGUCUGCUCUUCGUGCUGCGCCAUUUCUUAUUCUGAAGGAGGGACUUUUCUGACCCAAAAACACUUUGUAAAGAACCGGGACCAUCUUUGAAAAGUUUUUCUGCGCUUGCGUUGAGCUUGUUGUCAAACUCAACUUGGGCAACGAACUUCCUUUUGUCAGCACUGGGGUCUGUUUGUUGAGUACUUUGCCUUGCCUCGUUCUGAGUUGCUGUUGCUUUAUUUUUUGCUUCCGGCUUUUUCAUCCGCUUAAAAAUGUCUCAUACAUAUUUAUAUAAAUAUAUUAUCUCUUACUUUGAGGUUCAAAAUUGAAUUGAAAAAAAUCAGUGCUUGCGUUCACACUUGAGGUGCCUUCGAACGAACACACAGUCUACAUUAACGAGACAAAGCCGCAAUUCAGAAGCCAUAGUUUGUCAAUCUUGUUUCUUGUCCACUUUACUCAUUGAAAAAUUUAGAAAACAUCCCGUCAGUCAACUAUAAAAAAUUAGACAAAAUCUCAAAGGUACUGAUUUGCUUCCGGGCAACUGCACUUUCGAUGACGUUGAAACUUAUUUCACAAACACCUCGGAAGAAAAAAAACGUUUUCAGCCAAAGAAAGAGUAAAAAAUUGAAAGACAUCACCAUGGUCCAGCUGCCUAUGGAGGUAGAGAUCAUAUACAACCGCUGUAACGGGGUAAGAAUUUUGAUCAUAAACUUGGUCGAUCCCCACUAACACAGCUGGCCUGGUGACAGUAACAAUGCCUCCCCCUCUCUUUUCCCUCUCUGUUCGGAUCCAACUAAUCUUCUACACCCAAACCUUCCUUUUUCUCUCUUCGUGGAAGGAUAGCAAGUAACCUGGUUGCUCCCUCGUUUGUCAUGCGAGAAUCACGGAUGACUCCUUCCGUCGAAGGUGUCAACCGGGACCACCUAAACCCUCCAAGUAAAAAACACUGCGCUGACACCAUCUCUUUUGCUUCGUUCAAAGUUUCGACCAAUGACUACUCUUGCAGUACAACUGAAUGUCAAAUUCAAACCGUCUCCACCCCCACCGAAACGAAGCUCUUCAAAUAAUUGCGGUCCCCUUUCCACAGUUUGCCAGAUCUGCUACCCUCCUUUUUUUCCGUCAUUCAUUCCAAGAUUUUUAUCCCACCGUUUCUCAUUAGCUGUUGCUCGCACAGCGGCAUCAACUUCAUCUCUUAUUUUGUUGUAGUUCACGAGCUCUUCUUCGAGGGUUCUCUUCAGUUCCAAAUAAGGCUGCAAACUUCCGUGGCUUUUGUUGGUCUUUGUUGCGCCCCAUGAAUUCUUGUGAACUCGAGGUCGCAA